GGGUCGGGUCCCCUCAGCCUCCUCUCAGCCUCCCUGACAUCCACAGCGAGGAGUGAUGCGGCGCGACCGAGACGCGCAGUUUGAGGUGGAACAAACCGGGCAACACACACACACACACACACACAGCAUCGGAUACAUCCACUUCACGCCUCCAACGAGACCCCGGGAACCGGGGAUAAACUUCAUCGAUAAGGUGCUGUUUUCCUCCCCGCCAGAGUCUGAGGAGCUUCUCCUGCUUCACUAGAUUCCAGCAUGAGGGCCGGUCCGACGCUCUGACCAGAGAACUCUGGACACAGGCCACCGAGUGGGGGGGGAAGAGAGAGAAGGUCGAAGGUCAUGGACAGAAGGAAAGUUUGCGUGCUGAUGCUGCUGUGGGCCGCGGCCCACCUCAGCUCCCCGGGGCACGGGCUCAGGGCCCUGCGCAGGACUACGGGGGGGCGGAGGGGGUCCGCGGGACUGACGGGACAGGACGCCAACGGAGUGCCGCUCAGACGCUCCAAGCGCGGCUGGAUGUGGAACCAGUUCUUUUUGUUGGAGGAGUACAUGGGGACGGACAUGCAGUACGUCGGAAAGCUUCAUUCCGACUCGGACCGAGGCGACGGGAGCGUGCGCUACGUGCUGAACGGCGAGGGGGCGGGGACGCUCUUCAAGAUCGACGAGAAGUCCGGCGACAUCCACGCCACCAAGCGGCUGGACCGGGAGGAGAAGGCCUACUACAUCCUGCACGCCAAGGCCGUCAACCGCCUCACCAACGUGGCGCUGGAGGGCGAGUCGGAGUUCGUCAUCAAGAUCCACGACAUCAACGACAACGAGCCGCGGUUCACCCGCGACCCGUACACGGCGCGGGUGCCGGAGAUGUCCGACAUCGGCACCUCGGUGAUCCAGGUGACGGCCACGGACGCGGACGACGCCACGUACGGGAACAGCGCCCGGGUGGUGUACAGCAUCCUGGAGGGGCAGCCGUACUUCUCCGUGGACCCGGACACCGGCCUGAUCAAGACGGCUCUGCCCGGCAUGGACCGCGAGGUGAAGGAGAACUACCAGGUCGUGAUCCAGGCCAAAGACAUGGCGGGACAGAUGGGCGGCCUCUCCGGAACCACCACGGUCAGCAUCACCCUCUCCGACGUGAACGACAACCCGCCGCGCUUCACCAAGACCCUCUACGAGUUCCGAGUGCCCGAGACCACGGAGCUCGGCCACGCGGUGGGAGCGAUCCGGGCCCUGGACGGGGACAUCGGCGAGAACGCCGAGAUGGACUACCGCAUCAUCGGCAGCGACGGGCCCGGCGUGUUCGACGUCGCCACCAAUCGGAGCACGCAGGAGGGCGUGAUCGUGCUGAGGAAGCCACUGGACUUUGAGCGGAAGCGGCAGUUCAGCCUGCGCGUGCAGGUGGAGAACGUGCACCUCAGCCCGCGCUUCUUCUCCAUGGGCCCGUUCCGGGACGAGGCCUCCGUCAAGAUCGUGGUGGAGGACGUGGACGAGCCGCCGGUGUUCGAGCGCGCCAGCUACGUGAUGGAGGUCAAAGAGGACGCGGCCAGGGGCGCGGUCAUCGGCUCCGUGAGCGCGUCCGACCCCGACGACAAGAGCAGCCUCGUCAGGUACUCUAUCGAUCGACGCACAGACAUGGACAGAGUGUUCAACGUCCACGCGGGCAACGGCUCGGUGUUCAUCCUCAGGGAGCUGGACCGAGAGGAGAACGCCUGGCACAACAUCUCCGUCCUCGCCACCGAGUUCAGCAACCCGCGACAGAUCAGCCGCGUGCCGGUCUUCGUCCGGGUGCUGGACGUCAACGACAACGCCCCGACGUUCGCCACCAACUACGAGACGUUUGUGUGCGAGAACGCGAAGGCCAAUCAGAGGAUACAAACCGUGAGCGCCACCGACCCCGACGAGCCGCUCGGAGGACACCGGUUCUUCUUCAGUCUCGCACAGGAGGCCGCCGGGAAGGCCAACUUCUCCGUCCGUGACAACAAAGACAACACAGCCUGGAUCCUGACGCGGAGGAACAGCUACAACAGCCUCCAGAAGAGCGUCUACCACGUGCCCGUGGUCAUCUCGGACGGCGAGUUCCCGAUGCAGAGCAGCACCAGCACGCUCACCAUCAGGGUGUGCACCUGCGACCGCGAGGGCAACAUGAAGCUGUGCAACGCCGAGGCGCUGACGGCGAGGGCGGGCCUCAGCACCGGGGCGCUGGUGGCCAUCUUGCUCUGCGUCAUCAUUCUGCUCAUGAUCGUGGUGCUGUUUGCCGCCCUGAGGAGACAGAGGAAGAAGGAGCCUCUGAUCAUCUCCAAAGAGGACGUCAGGGACAACGUGGUCAGCUACAACGACGAGGGCGGCGGCGAGGAGGACACGCAGGCCUUCGAUAUCGGCACGCUGCGCAACCCCGAGGCCAUCGAGGAGAGCAAGCAGCGGCGGGACAUCGUCCCAGAGACCUUCUACCCGCCGGUGCGGCGGCCGCCCGCGCUGCCCCCGGCGCGGGACAACAACGGGGACGUGCGGGACUUCAUCGACCACCGGCUGCAGGACAACGACAGCGACCCGACGGCGCCGCCCUACGACUCCCUGGCCACGUACGCCUACGAGGGCAACGGCUCCGUGGCGGAGUCCCUCAGCUCGCUGGAGUCGGUGACCACCGAGGGCGACCAGGACUACAACUACCUGAGCGAGUGGGGGCCCCGGUUCAAGAAGCUGGCGGACAUGUACGGGGGCGACGACAGCGACAGGGAUUCCUAACGAGAGCCCGGCACACGGGACGCGGAGGGAGAAGCGCAGCGUCAAAGAAACUUUCCGGCGCGCGCGCGGCGAGGGACAGGGGAACGAACGCUGAUCUGUCCGAGUGCUCUUUCGCCGCCAUCGCUCACCUUUCAGUUGUCCCUCCGGCGACCAGACGUAGGCUUUGUGUGUCCAGUCAGUGUUAGUUGCGUUUGUGCGAGGGCGCAGGGAAAAGAGACUUUGUGUGGAGACUUUUUCCUUUUGUCGUGUAUAUGGGUUGUGCACAUGAGGCCCAAAUAUAUCUAUACUCAUAUUUUAUUUUUCGUUUUUUUUGUUCGUUUUUUUCCAAAGCUGCCUGUGAUGGGACACGUUUGGACGAGCAGUUUUGUAAACCAACAGAUAUGCCGAUGUAAUUUUUCAGUGUUUCUGGGACAAAAAAAAUAAUACAUGCUGCAUAUUGUGAGUUCUAUCUUAGCUUGUGUACGUGCGGUGACAUGAUGCAAAUACGCUGUACAGUUGUUUUUGUUUUUCCAGGGUCCGAGUGACGCGCCCCCUCCUUCGGCCACUUAUCCACAGCCGGACACUUUGGGUUUUCUGGAUGUCAGAGGUGUUUGUCCUCGUUGGCAAACUGCUGUUGACAAAGUGGCGAAUGCUCUUUUCAGCUGUGGCAAAAGGACUGUGGGAAUCAACAAACAAACACACGCGUUUGUCUUCUCUUUUUCUUUUCUACGGUAUCUGAUUUUUCAUCCCCACGCAGCUUUUAGCAUUUUGUGAGCGGAAAUACCAAAUAUUCACACGCGCUCACCUGAAUGUCGUCAGAAGCAUUUUUGAGGCCGACUCCCUCCGGCCGAAAAACGCACCUGGCGGAGAAGUGUUACAUUCAACACUUCGCCGAGAAAGAAAAACGAAUCAACUCAUCUACAAGGUGCCAGGCUCGGUUGAGAGGAGAAUACUGGUGUUGAUGGGACUUUUUUCUUUUGGCUCAUCUGACCGACGACAGCAGCACGAUGGUCGUUUCUGGCACUGGAGCUCCGAGCGCCGGGAGGAUUCCCCCCGAGGCUCGAAGCGGCAGCAUUAAAAAUUUAGAUUGGACGAAACAAUAUCGCCACAGUUGCCGUUAAAAUUCAUCGUGCAAAUUUUAUUUUCCCUCCCGUAAAAAAAAGCGGUCGAUUUAAUUUCCCUCCAGACGAUUAAGAAACGACACCAUUCGACGGUUGUAAUUCACGGGGAAAUACGGAGCGUGCGUUCAAAGUUGAAGUUUGCCUACUUCAAAGAGGAGUUGCCUUGAAUUAUAAACACAUUGAAUAAUGUGAGAAAAAUCGACAGUUUUGAGAUCAGAUUCAUCUAAACGAGCAUUUUGACUGACGGCAUUAAAAACACGGUAUCAAAUCCUGGAUGUAUAUUAACAGAAAUGUGCCAAAAAGCAAAAAAACACACCAGUAUUGUCUCCUGCUCUGUACUGUACUCUGGUCCCUGCCCGUCGUUACAGGGGCUGGUGUUCGGGGGCUUUACUCUACUCAACUGAUUUCCCGUGGGACGAACAAACCCGCUUUUUCCAUAAAGAUGCGGCUGAUCGAGGGGGCACCUGACCUUUGAGCCGCGGCGGAUACGUCUCUGGAAGGCAGGAGGUGUGUCGUCGCCGGCUCAGAGAGAAGGUCAGAACAUAAAUCCUGCAGCGAGAACACAACACGGUUUUCCUUUUUAAAUGUGAUUUAGAGAAGAAGAAGAAAAAAAAACAUUGGAAACGACUCGCAAAUUACUGUAAGAGCUCCGAAAGAGCGUCGAGGCGAUGAAGGGAUCGGCCCUCGCUUUAGCAAAUGGCCGACCUGUGAAGAGACCUGACAUUUACCGGACACGUGACGCAGACAUACCAAAACACGACGGCAUCGUUUCUCCCUUUUCUGUCCUGGGAAUUAUUAGUCGACGCCAACAACGCUGCGGCACAUCAAACACUUUCUAAACACGGUGGUCGGGAGAUUUCUUUCUGCUCCGUUGUUUUGGUUUAUUAUUUUUUUUUGCUGGAGCUCCCGUUGUGUAAGUGGCCAUUUCUGUCGCUACAGUAUGAUAAGCAUUUAAUGGGUUUAAAAACCCUCCACUCAAAAAAACAGAAAACAGCUUCCUUUCUGGCCUCGAGGUGCGAGGCGAGGUCCCAAAUGGAGGAUCGGCACGACAGCAGCAGCGCUCACCGCUUUCCCUCGCCCUCCACACACGAUGUCAGCAUAUUGCCAUCACGAAGACGCGCCGGUGUUUUAUCAUCGGGCGAAUAAUUGCCACCAAGGUGAAAAAUGUUAACGUACCGCCACGCCACGUUUCCUGGAUUUUUUUUUGAAUCUUCUACGUCGAGGCAACUAAACGGGGACCCCUCACUCCGGAUACAGUAGAUCUGUGGUUGUUGAUGUGUAGAACUCGCUCGGCCUCGACUACGGUAACAUGCUGUUGGUGACAAUGUGAUUGAGCAAGUGGAGUUUUGUCCAUGUAGAAACAAUUUUGAGAGGUUGUGCUAGUGUAACGGGGCCCCCCCACACGUCAUUGGCCGUCCAUCAAUCUGCUUUGUAAAACGUGAUAUUUUGUACUGAAUAUUUAUAUGACACAAUUAAAUAUCUUUAAAAAUCAAA